CCAUUCAUUUCCUCCUGAGCAGCCCACGAAGGAGGAGGGAAAGGACCGACAGAGCAAGAGAGAGAGAGAGAGAGAGAGAGAGAGGUACAGACAAGAGUCUGACCACACAGGAAAACAAGACAGAGAGAGAAAGAGAGCUAAAAGGACGCAAUACGGAUAUCACUUCUUGAUCUCACGUUCCAAGACUUCAAACAAGGAUGUUGAUGCUGGACGGCAUGCCUGUCCUGCGAGUCAGAGCAGAGCCUGUGCAGAUGCAGCGGAGGUCUCCCGAGAUCCAUAGCUACGCAGACAUGGGCGUGUUGGUGAUGGAAAGAAGGUUCCGGACUCAUUCACCUGAAAAACGAUUUCCAUCAGACCUGUUCCAGAUGCAGACCGAGCCGGUUGACCUUUCCACCAACAGAUCCCGCUCUUCACCAUCAUCGUCGUCAUCAUCGUCAUCAUCGUCAUCAUCAUUAUCAUCAUCACCCUCUUCAUCAUUGUUGCGUUUCUCACCUCGAUCCCCUCCAGUCUCAUCCACCAAGUCUCCUUCAUCAUCAUCAUCAUCAUCAACCUCAUCGUUGUCGUCAUCGUCGUCAUUGUCAUCAUUAUCGUCAUUAUCAUUGCCUUCAAGCUCGCCUCCGUCCGUCAUUACUCCAGUGCCGCGAUUAAAGAUGUCUCCGUCAAGGGUGACAUCUCCACCUUCCAUCGCUCGCAGGGGGCAGCCAUUCCUGCACAUGCCCCAGGUCAUGCCUCCAUGCCCUAGCCCCAUCCACUUGCGCCCCCACAGAGUCCCUGUGGUGGUACAGCCCAUGCCGCUGGUCUACACUGGGGUUGGCUCACUAGGACCUGGAGGUCUCAUGGCACCCAUGCUGGAAGAAAGCAGGAUACAUGGAAAAGUCACACACAGAGUACCAGAUGGACCGUCUCCACGGCGAUCUUUGAGUGACAGUGAGGACGAUGACCUGCCCAAUGUGACAUUAGACAGAGUGAACGAGACCGGAUCCACCGCCCUGACCAUCGCCCGUGCUGUCCAGGACUCCAUGUUGCCGUUCAGCAUCGAGAGCAUGCGAAGGUCGAGGCGGCCCGAGUCUCCUGACACCAAGAGGAGACGCAUCCACCGCUGUGAGUUUGAGGGCUGCAGUAAGGUUUACACCAAGAGCUCUCACCUCAAAGCCCACAGGAGGACACACACCGGUGAGAAGCCGUAUAAGUGCACGUGGGACGGCUGCACGUGGAAGUUCGCACGCUCGGAUGAGCUCACACGUCACUACCGCAAGCACACGGGGGUCAAACCGUUCAAGUGUGGCGACUGCGAGCGCAGCUUCUCCCGCUCGGACCACCUGGCACUCCACCGCCGCCGCCAUGCCCUGGUGUGAAGAUGCUCACACACACACACACACACACACAUGGAUGGAUGGAUGGAUGGAUGGAUGGAUGGAUGGAUGGAUGGACCAGUUUUAGGAAACCAGAGUCAGUAUGAGGCUUGGGAGAGGCUGGACCUUUCCCUGAAUGUGCUCAUGGUAUUAGGAGAGGAAAUGAAGUCUCGUCAUGAACGAAGACUCCGAGUGCUGAUCAGAUUUUACUGUUUAUAUCCUGAAGAAUACAUUUAUAUACCUAUAUCUAUAUAUAUUUGUGUAUAAGGAGCUGAUCUUGUUGAUCAUGCACUCAUAUUCUUAGACUUACACAGUAUGAAGGAGGAGAGCGAGAGAGAGAGAGAGAGAGAGAGAGAGAGUAUCCAAUAAUACCAGUGCAUAUUGCAGGGCAUGUCGAUGUCAAUCAUAAUCAGCAUUUAUAUGUAAUUUCAUUGCAAUAGCUAUUACAUAAGAAACCCAGUUUAAAAGUAUUACACCAGUUUGUUUUGUUUUAAGAAAUCUUCAUGUAAAUUGUUGUAUUUUUUUUCCGACUGUAUCAAUAUCAGUCACGAACUGUGAAAAAACAAGGGCAGAGAUACAAAAUUGAGAUACAGAUCACGUCUCCGAACUCUUUUGUUUCUUAUCAGAGUAUGAGGACCAGAUUCAAAUUAAAGGAGAACCGAAGUCAUUUUUAAACUUGCUUUAUUUCUUAAUUAACGUGUUCUUCAAUUACAUUUUCGGUUUUAGUAACCUUAUAUCGUGACUCGUAUUGACAACUAAUUGCAAUUAAAUAUUAUACUUAUCGGCCUAUUCGUUUUUUAGCCGUGUUGAAUUUAGUUUGUUUGGCCCACGGCAGGCGUCGCUUAUCCGUGCGAUCUUCACGAGAUUUGUGCGAGACUUCGAAACGUGAAGUGUCAGCCAGGUGUCAGUGCCGCCAUUUUGAAAACUGUUUUCCAAACAAAAUAUUGCACAAAACGAGUUUAAAUGACGAUUACUGCCUACUUUUUUCAAACUUUCCUGAUUGCUAUCAAAACAAACAAAACUUCCGGCUUGAUCACAUCAGCAUUCGAAAGAGGGCGCACGUCUUUUGACAACGUUGGCAGAUGUCGGUCACUUUGAUUUCCGCUGUACGUUUUACUUCCAUCCUACGAUGUCUUGCACAGGUCUCGACGAAUCUCGUUUACGGCCAUCGCUUUGACAUACGGACUGAUAUAUUACAGAGCAUAUUUCAAACACUCAUAACUUGCUAUAGCAGCGACAAAAUAGCGAUCAAAAAUGCAUUCUUAUAUUUAAUAAAAUGAUAAAUAGAAUUGUGAUAAUAAAAAAUUUGCCUUCGGUUCUCCUUUAAAACACACACACACACACACACACACACACACACACACACACACACACACACACACACAGACGGAUAAUUAACAAGGUAUAAACCUCAAUGUGAACGAGCAAACUAUUCCAUCCACGAAAUAUCAUUUAGUGAUUUAUUUCCUGAUGGAAAAAAAAAGAAACUUUUGCACACCUUUGAUAUGGACUGAGUGUUCACACGGAUUAGAUAUGAGACCGUAACAAUCCUUUCAAUGCGAUAUAUUAUUACUGAAUCCAUGUACUGUGUUGAAAAAGAGAGAGCGAGAGAGAGAGAGAGAGAGCGCGAGAGAGAUUAGUUUCCAUUUAAACUGCAUAACUUGUGCACAAACAUAGUGUAGCAGAUGUCUGUACAUUAAAAAAAAGUUAUCAUGCUCUGUAUGCGCAUCUUACGUCACGUCACGUCAUGUAUUUGUUCAGUAUUUUUAUUGCACCCUUUUUUGAAAGUAUGUGACGUCACCAUUUAUAUAUUAUAAGUGUUGUAUAGAGAAGCCCGAAUGACCGAUAAUCGAAAGCGUCAAAGGGACCUUCCUUUAACCUUUAACCUUUAACCUUUAAUCCUGUUUCUCAAUUAUGUAUUUGUAAAUGAUGUUAUUGUAUACAUUUCCCUUUUUUAUAUGGAUUGACUGUGAAUUUAUACAUAAAAUAUCUAUAUAUGUGUGUGUGUGUGUGUGUGUGUGUGUGUGUGUGUGUGUGUGUGUGUGCGUGCGUGUGUGUUUAAUGAAUUGAAUGAAGGCAUGAAUAAAAAGUCACUUAACACUUUAA